AGAAGCGGAGAGUUCCUGGGAAAUGAUGGCUGAGGAGGAGGAGGAAGUGCAGCACAUCUUGCAGAAAUUGCAGGAACUGGUGGAUCAGCUCUAUUCGUUUCGAGACUGCUAUUUUGAGACACAUAGUGUUGAGAAUGCUGGGCAGAAGCAGCAGGAUGUGCGGGAAGAGAUGGAGAAGACCCUGCAGCAGAUGGAGCAAGUAGUAGGUUCUGCUCAGGGCAAGGCACAGGCUCUGAUGCUCACCGGGAAGGCGCUGAAUGUGACUCCUGACUACAGCCCCAAGGCGGAGGAGCUCCUCUCAAAGGCUGUGAAGCUGGAGCCUGAGCUGGUGGAAGCCUGGAACCAGCUGGGCGAGGUGUACUGGAAGAAGGGGGACGUCGCAGCUGCCCACACCUGCUUCUCAGGAGCCCUCACCCACUGCAAGAACAAAGUCUCCCUGCAAAACCUGUCAAUGGUGCUGCGCCAGCUGCGGACCGACAGUGGAGAUGAACACUCUCGCCAUGUCAUGGACAGUGUCCGGCAGGCCAAGUUGGCUGUGCAGAUGGACGUCCUGGAUGGCCGCUCCUGGUAUAUUCUAGGAAAUGCAUACCUUUCUCUUUACUUCAAUACUGGCCAGAACCCCAAGAUCUCCCAGCAAGCCCUCAGUGCCUAUGCCCAAGCAGAGAAGGUGGACAGGAAAGCGUCGAGCAAUCCUGACCUUCAUCUGAACAGAGCGACGCUACAUAAAUAUGAAGAGAGUUAUGGGGAGGCCCUGGAGGGCUUCUCUCAGGCUGCAGCACUGGACCCUGCCUGGCCAGAACCACGGCAGCGAGAACAGCAGCUCGUGGAAUUCCUGGAUAGACUAACCAGUCUCCUGGAGAGCAAGGGAAAAGUGAAGAACAAAAAGCUACAGGGCAUGCUGGGAAGUUUGCGCCCCGCCCAUCUAGGCCCUUGUGGCAAUGGGCACUAUCAGUCAGCCUCUGGGCAGAAGGUGACCCUGGAGCUGAAGCCACUGAGUGCGCUGCAGCCUGGUGUGAAUAGCGGGGCCGUGGUCCUGGGGAAGGUGGUGUUCAGCCUUACCACUGAGGAGAAAGUCCCCUUUACCUUUGGCCUGGUCGAUUCCGACGGACCUUGCUAUGCAGUGAUGGUUUACAAUAUGGUCCAGAGCUGGGGAGUGCUCAUUGGGGACUCUGUAGCCAUUCCUGAGCCCAACCUUCGUCUUCAUCAAAUUCGGCACAAGGGAAAGGACUAUUCCUUUUCUAGCGUCCGUGUGGAGACCCCCCUCCUGCUGGUGGUGAACGGCAAGCCUCAGGGCUCCAGCAGCCAGGCUGCUGCCACAGUGGCAUCGCGGCCGCAGUGUGAGUGAGCUUCCCUGACGGGCAUGCCGAAGAGGAUGCUGACCGAGGACCCCGCUCCAGGCGUGCGCGGCCGGACCACGCUGAGACCCCGCCAGGGUGGGGGACAUGUUUCAAAUGAAGACUUUGCCCUCCUCUGUCCUGUAAGGCACUCUGUGUCUGGUCUGUCUCCUGUCAUCAUGAUUGAACCCUCUCCAGGGCUACGCACUCCCCUGCUGUGUCUCUCCAGCCUCCUUCCCUGCUCUCUUUGUCUUAGGCAAAGAGCAUGGAAUUGGUAGGAGUGUGGGAACCUGCCGUGGGACAGAAACCCCAAGGUUUCUGUUCUUGCCUCCUUCCUGAGCCUCAUAUGUAUAUAUCAGUUCAGUAUUUAUUGCUAAGGGAAGGGGCUUAAUUUUUAAUGGCUUGGUUUUUGAGCAAUUUUUAUGUUUAAAGUUUAGGUCCAUUCCCUUCCUUGGGGCUGGAACAGAAUUAAAUUUGUUUGGAAAUAAAGAAACCCUGUGGUUUGACCCGCUUCAUUUUUUCCAGUCUUGGAUUCUUAGUUUAAGGAUCACUUUCAUUCAUUCAGUAGGGUAAAUCUGCCCCCCCCCUCCCCUGGCUGCUUAUAGUUUGUUUCUCUCCCCGUUAAAAGACUUCUGGCAGGACACAGCCCAGGGCAGGAGUGGCAGCUUCAAAAAUUGUUGAAUCUCCCUUUAUUUCCUCCCAUUUUUCCAUUCUGUCCUCCCUAGCAUGGUCCAAUAUGAUAGAGCAAUAUUAUGUGGAAGUGUGAGUAGGCUGAGAUCAGAGAAGGAAAGAUACUCAGUUUCUUUAGAUUCUAAUGAUAUAUUUUAUAACAAUUUUUCUUAUCCCUAUGGAUAAAAUGGGGAAAUGUGAGUGAGAAUUAGUAACUAGUUGACUGACUGUUGUAUACUGAUGUAUACAGAUGAGCCUGGAAGACUUCUAGUGAUAUAGCUCAGGUCUUUGUCCUUGGUCCAGUUCUGUUCCAUGCUUGAAUGGAAUGACUUGACUAUUACUGAUGACAUUUAUAAAGAAUGUAAAACAUAGAGGAUUCCUCAGAGAACGGAUGAUAGGACAAAUGUCUAGCUAUCUUGUCUAAACCAGUGUAGGGGCUGAAUCUAACAAGACAAAAUUUUGAAGUCCUUACUUUUGUUCUCCAAAGGCUUUCUGAGUUGUAUGUUCAACGUCAUAUAUGAAAAUUGUUAGGAAUUUUAAUAGAUGAAGUCAGUAUGCGUAGUGUGAUAUAGUUGUUAAAAAACUCUUCUUGGACAGCACCAAGGAACCUCUCUGUGAUAGAUAGCCGGAGAGAGUUUUUCAUACUGUUUGUCCGAUCACAUGUAUAGUCUUGGAUUCAGUUUCUGGUGUUGAUUUAGAGGCCUUCAGUCAUAGAAGAAUGUUCAGGAGCUUUUUGGGGGGAUACCAAAAUCUUAAGGAAUAGCUGAAAGCACUGGGGUACGGUUGUGAGUGAGCAUUAAAGGCAACAAGGAGAUGAGACCCAGUCAAGUCUUGAGAUGAUUUGGCAUCUUCUGUGUAGAGCCAGAAUUGAAAAAUGAGCAGUAGGUGGUAAUGAGAGAGAAGCAUUAUAUAAAAACAAGUAAGUAUGCAAGAUGUUUAUAUAUGGUUUAAAGAAUAGUUUGAAUACUCGUAGAAUACCCACCUGCCUUAAAACCUGAUACCUUGGAAGCCUUUGUGUGCCUCUCCAUGACCUCAUCUCAAUUUGCUUUCACAGCUAUAUAAUACCUCGUUGUAUGAUUAUGUCUCAACUCAUUCAUCCUACUGUUGAAUGGAUAUUUGGAUUUCCAAUUUAUUGUUUGCCAUAAAACCACUGAUUUUUGUGCAUGUCCUGGUAUAUAAGUACAGAAGUCUUGUUUAUAGCAGUGAUACUUAGAGUGGUCCCCAGACCCACAGCAUCAGCUCAUCCUGCAGCCUCCUAGAGAUGCAGAUUCUCAGGUCCCUGUCCAGAUUUACUGAACCCAAAGUUCUGGGGAAGAGCCAGCAGUGUGUGUUCGGCACACCUUCCAGCAAACUUGAUGGACGCUAAUGUUUGAGAACAACUGUUUCAGACUGUUCUCACAAUAAUGGAUUGGCUGGGUCAUAAAGUAUAUACAUGUUUGAUGUUUUUGAGAAAUACCAAAUAUUUCUAAAGUGCUUGUACCAAUCUUUGCCUCUGGUAUCAAUGGAUGAGCCUCUGUAAGAAUCUGUGUCAUCUUCUAGGCUUAGUGUUGUUGAGCCUUUUGGGUAUUGCAAAUAGAGGGGUUUGAAUGAGCCACUGAUGUUUUCUCUUGGCAAAGUGCUUAUUCAUGUUUUUGUCCACUUCUAUAUUAGAUUUCAAAUUGAUUUGGGCUAUCUAUAUUUGUACAUACUAAUGUGUUGUCAGUUUAUGCGCUGCAAAUGUCUGAUCAUUUUUAGCUUGUUUGUUCACUCUAUAGAUCUUUUUUUUUUUUAAAUUUUGUUUAUUUAUUAGAAAGGUAGAUUGACAGAGAGAGGGGGAGAGACAGAGAUCUUCCAUAUGCUGAUUCACUCCCCACGUGCCCACAACAGCCAGGGCUGAGCCAUAUUGAAACCAGGAGUCUACAGCUUAAAGCAGGUCUCCCACCUGGAUGGCAGGGACACAGGUACUUCCAUCAUCUGCUGCCUCCCAGAGUGCACGUCGGCGGGAAGCCAGAUCAGAAGGAGAGGAGCAGGGACACAAACCAGACAUUCCAAUAUGGAAUACCAGUGUCCCCGUGGUGUCUUAACUGCACCAAAAGACUGCCCCCUCUAUUGUUUCAUGCAGUUUUAUCAUUUUGUUCCUUUCUUAGAUUCUGACCUUUGUUGUGAUGUAGGUAUGUAAUUUUUUCCCCAAAUGAGUAACUGAUUGGCCCAGCAUGUUUUAUUAAAGAUAUCAUCCUUUUUCUACCAAACGUUCAAGUCCAGUUAGACUUAAACCAACUUUCCAUAUAUACAAAGGCACUUCAAAAAUUUCGUGAGACAUGCAAUUAAAAUAUAAACUUAUUUUGGUACAAAACACUUUGAAAUUCAUGCAUAGUUUUUUCAUAAUACAUGUUUUCCACGAACUUUUUGAAGAUUUCUCAUUUUGAUCUGUUUGAGCUCUCUGUUCUGAUUUCUUCUGUUUAUUUUUUUCAAUACCACAUUGUCUUAUGGUUUUGGAAGAAGUUAGUAUCUAAUCAGACAAGUUCUUGCAUGUUCUUUGCAAGUGUUUCAUAUAUAUUUAAAAUCAGCUUGUAAAUUUUCAUGAGAAAUUCCCCUGGGAUUUUCUUUUGUGAAAGGUAGAAAGAGAUACCUCUCAUCCUCUGGCUCACUCCCCUCGUGCCUGCAACAGCCUUGGCUGGAUCAGACCAAAGCCAGGAGCCUGAAACUCAAUUCAGGUCUUCCACGUGGGCGGCAGGAACCCAGCUCUGGUAUGAGCCAUCACCGCUGCCUCCCAGGGUACACAUUAGCGGGAAGCUGGAAUUGUGGCCUGGGCUGGAACUUGAACCUAGGUGCUCUGAUAUCACAGGCAGGCAUUCCAAAUGGCAUAUUAAAUGCUGCACCAAAUGCUUGACCUUUCUGGGGUUUUCAUUUGUAUUGCACUGAUUUGUAGAUAAAUUUGGAAGAUUAGACAUCUUCAUAAAAUCUUGUUACCCAUGAUUUUCUUCAUUUAUUUAGGCCUCUUUAGUGUCUUUCAAUGUAAAUGUAUGCUUUGUUCAGAUUGGUCUUAUAUGUAUUUAAUUUGAUUUAUUCUAAACUAUUUUAUAGUUUUUGCUGCUAUUGUAUGUAACAUGCUGGAGAAUAGAAAUACAAAUAGUUUUUAAAAUUUUUUUUUUAAUAGUAGUGAUCUUUAAGAACUCUUUCACUAUAAUAAUUUGUCUGUUGAUUCCUUAGAAUUUUCUAUGUACAGAUAAUGACUUUAGUUUCUUCUUUCUUAAUCCUCUUACCCUUUAUUUCAUUUUUUCCUCCUUGUGCUGUUGGGAUAUCUAGUAUGCUCAGUAGACAAGGUGAUAACAGACAUCCUUGUCUUAUUCCUGUACUUAAAGAAGUACUUUCAACAUUUCAUCAUUAAAUAAGAUGUUUUUUCAUGCACCUGCUCUUAGAUUCUGAGUUUGAGUUUCUAUAAAAGAUUUAGGAUUUUUUUCUAAUUUACCUAAUUGUAUAUAAUACUUUUUCUGAAGUUAUUGAAAUGGCAAAUAAUUGUUUCUUCCUUAAUCUGUUUAAGUGAUGAAUUGAAGUACUUAACUUUCAAUCAAUAAA